UCACACUAUGAGUAACAUUUUUUAUUGUUGUUUCACUCGGUAAAAAUAUAAACAAACCAGUGCAUAUAAAAAUGUGCGGUCCGGUGCUAAGUUUUUAAUAUGCGGCCUAAAUAUCGCUAUUUUGAAAUCAAUAAUAAUUGCCGGGACAUAGACGCCUAAGCAGUAACAAAAUGAGUGUUCACAAAUGUGGAAACUGUAACUGUUGUAAUUUUAUGAAUAAAAUGGUUAAACGUUAAUGUAAAAUCGACAAAAGGGAGCCAACAUGGUAAAGAUCCUGCAGGCUUACAACUUCGCUAGGCAGCAGACCUACGCCCUGAACGGCGACAUCCUAGCAGCCAGUUUGAUCGGCAACAAUAGGAUAGCCAUCAGCAGUGCGGAGCAGUUUAUUGAGAUCUACGACAUUGCGGGCAAGCAGACCGAGUCGGAGGACACAAGGAGAGCGCCACUGGAUGAGGGACAGUCUAACGAAGCUUCCGGUGACGUCCCCACCACCGGAGGCGAUGAGCGAACGCCGAGCAGGAGCACUCUGGCCACAGUGGGCGAGGUGGUGCAACUGAUAUACUGUGAGGCUGGAAAAUACCUGCUCACCCUGGAAAAAGAGCAGGCGGGUAGUCCAGUGCAUUCCUCCUCCACCAUUAGCUGUACGUCGAGCAGCAACAGCAAUACUGUCUGCUCCGAGGACGACACGAAGAUGUUCGUUCGUAUCUACGCCAACUUUUGGAAAUUUCCGGACAGCCGCCUCAACGAGCUGCCCAUCACCAUUCGGAUAGCUUCAAUGACCACGCCCAAGACGCCAUUGGUGGAAAGCAUCGAUGUGAUCGAGCUGCCUCUGCGGAGUCCGCCGGAGCUAGUGCAGUGCUGUCAGACCUCCGGCAACAUCAUCGUGAGCAGCCGCGACAGGAUCUACCUAUAUGAAUACACGCAGUGCGUCCACGAGAACACCCAGCCCAGAUUCGCCUUCAUCGACUUCCUGCCCUUCAAGUUCUUUGUGCAGCUGAACUUCGUCCCAGUGCGUCUCUGUCUGGCGGAGAACGUGAUCGCCUGCCUCAGUCAUCGAUACUGCGUGGCCUUCAAGGUGGUGGAUGCGCUAGCGAGUAGAGCAAGUGGAGGGCAGGAUGUGAGCUGUCUGGACAACGACUACGGUGGCGGAGAUGAGCCGCUCUCGGAAUCCCUGAGUCUUGGCAGCAAGGCUAGUGCCAGUGGGGGAGGUGGAGGUGUGGUCAGUUCCAGCCACAGCCAGCAGAGCUGCGAGAGCGACUCCCUGCAGUCGACGAGCAGUGGAAAACCACCGGUGGCCAUAAAUGGAGCACUGCCUGGAAGGUCUCCACUGGAUUUCAGCUUGGCCAAACUGGUUAACAAUGCGUACGGCAGGGAAUUCGAGCCAGACCUGCGCUCCCAAUGGGAUGACAGUGAGUUCGGAGGAGGAAAGGGUCAAGAGGACAACCAGGAUAUCACUAUUAGUCCCCAGCGAGCUGCGGACAUAAAAAUCAAGCUCGUCAACGAGGCCAAGGCCAUGAAUGUGAGGGGCAUCGCCGGGGGAAGCCAUAUGGAAGAUGCCUCAGUGCAAUAUGAUGUGCGGAAGCUGCUUCAAAUCUGCAUGAAGACCUCAGAGAACCAACCUCGUGUUUUGGAUAUACUGCGCUGCAUGGAUCUCAAGGCCAUUUACCAAAGAAGCAGCCAAGGAGUGGAUCAAGAGGACGACGAGUACGACAUGGGCAACCAACAGGUGCCCAGUGCGGUGACCACCUUCAAGCACGUCAACCGCCGGACGCUCAAGUCGUCGCAGCAUCAGAGGUGCAUGGGUCACGCCCUCCUGGUGGCCAGCAGUGUGGAUGGCUUCCUGUACCAGUUUUCCGCCCAAGGGAAGUGGUACAGUGAGAACGAAAAGCCGGUGGCCAGCUACAGCUUUACAGCACCAGUCAUCCAAGUUCACAUUAACGACUACGUGGUGUAUGCAGUGACUUCAGAGUCCGUGGAAACGCAUACCUCGCGCAUCGGGCACAAGCUCUUUCACAACCGCUUUGAAUACCCCUCGAUAGGUGGUCUUUUCCCCGAGGAAUCCGCCCCAGAUGUGAGUUCGCCCAUCGCCGUCGUGGGUCUGGCCGCGUUCAUGCACGUUCAGUUUGUAUGCGUGAACCGGGAGCAGUUGGUGCUCAUCACGAAUGCAGCUUUGGAGCAGCACAAGCGGCGCAGCAUGGGUGAGGUGACCGGCGGUCAAGUGGUGGCGGUUAAGAGGAACAUAGCCGCUCGUCUCCUGGCCGAGGCAAAGGCCAAACACAACAGCCUGCUGAGGAGCAGCAGUGCAGCACAAUCCUCGGCGGCGGCCAACGAAUGGACGCUGUACAACCUUGAAGUUCCUCGGGUGGAGUGCAUAAUAGAGGAUCUUGAAGGCAUUGCGGAGUCAUACCGCAGUGCGAGCAGCUGCAACUUCUACGAUCUCAUGGAGGAGGCGCAUGUCAUGCUGCGACUGAGUCUCACGCUGCAGGGCGAACGCUUGGGGACGGAACGGGAGCUGCAUCUUCGGAAAAUGUUCGUGACGAACUGUAGAAAGCUGGCUGAUUUCUCAAUACGUUCUAACAAACAGGAGGUUUAUCUCCAGGCUACUGGUUUCUACAGAAUGUGCCAGCUUCAUCUGGUAGACAUUUUUAAUAACUACAUAGAGAACUUUAUGGACAUCGAUGAGACCGUGGAGACCACUGAGCUUGCGGGACUGAUAUACACGGUUAAACUGUUCCUACUCAGUUUGGGGACAGACCGCUUGAAGUCGGCCUUUCUCAACCAGACGGUACGUCCGUACUUUACGCCCGCCCGGGUGAUCCAGCAGGGCUACAAGCAGGUUCCACUUUCGUUGGAGUUUCUUAACAUGUUCAUUAAACAUGCACCAGUGGAGAUUCCAAAGAUAAUGCUGAUUUCACCCGUGGUGGCGGACUCCAUGAGUGGAGAGCUGAUCAACUAUCUCAAGUACUUGAACAAACUUUUACCAUCUAGUUCCCCCGAAGAAAACUUGCUGCUAGCUGUGAUGGCCUGCCGUAUGUCCAACUAUCUACUGGCUCAGGAGAUAAUUGCAAAGUCCACAAGACGCAACCUAGCCACCGCCUUGAUUCGGCACAAGAAUGUUCUGUUUGAUGACAGCACUGUUAUCUAUCAGCGACGCCAUCAGCAGCAAGCAGACUCCCAAUCCAAUUCGCGAGGUAAAAAAAUCAGAAGGAUAGGGGGAAAGAGCAAGCUUGUUGCGGUCAGUACACCAACUCCGAGUACGAUCGUUUCCUUUUCGGAUUUCUGCGAGACGAUUCUGCUGGCCAAUGAGCAGCCUGCGCUAAUCGAAGCAGUCAGUGAUGUCUUCAUCCAUGCACUGUGCAUUGAACAUAGCUUGACGCUAGACGUGAUUCUGCAGUUGUUCCUUAACUACAUCGCCUCCCACAUUGGCCAAAAAGGAUACCAAACCUCGCAGAAGGUGUUCGUUAACAUUCUACAGGUGUAUUUUUACGAUAUCUACGACGUAAGCUCGUCCUUGCAGCCCCACGAGAUUAGAUCGCACACACCACCGCAGUUGGACGAUGACUACGAUGAGGAGUGCAGCAGUUCGCGGGCUCCCUCGCUGCACAGCGAAGCAGAUGCCCAGUCGCUGUCCAGCUCUUGCGCCAGUUCGGCGCAUGAAGAGCGAUCGGCAAGUCUUUCGAUCAGUGGCAGGCAACAGCGAAUCGUCUACGAUCAGCUGCAGGAGCAACAGUCAUCGCCCUUUCAGAAGCGCAAUUCAAAUGCCUCGCUCUCACAACCCCAGGCGGAUGAUGAUCUGGCUGCCACUAAUCUCAAGGGCCUCAAGAUCCUGUUUCGUAUGUAUAUGGGGCGCCUAAAAGUCCUCAGUGAUCUUAUUACUGACCUGCAGUCAGCGGACGUGGAACAACAGGCUGGUCGCGAGGAGUUCAUGAACCUGCGCAUGGAAUGCAUCUCCUACAUGGUGGGAAUGGCUCCCAACUAUAGCCCCAAGCCGAUUGUAAAAAAUAUCAACGAUCCCCUGGCCGGCAAGUUGAUAUACGUGCCCUUCAUUCCUGACUAUAAGCUGCCAGAAGGGGAGGAGUAUGAUCGCCACAUUAAGCACUAUAUUCGCCCAAUUCCCUGUCUGCUGGAACGACCGCAGUAUUUAAACCGCCUUCCGCCCUUCGAACGAAGCGACUUUAGCUACCCGAACAAGGACGAUGGCGAGUUUGAGGUGCGCUUCCUCAGCUGGAACAACGAGCUGCUGACCCUCACCCUGAAGAUUCAAAGUUUGCUUGCCUCCAGUAAAGUGGAUCGCGAGAUCAUCUCAGAGUUUUUGGCCUUUAUACAAAAGACGCCACAUUUAAUGGGCAUCGACAGUUUCUUGGUCAUCGUGUUGCCCAAGAAUUUGGCCAUAAACUACUUGCUUAGUUUUAGUCCCGCAUUUUUGUGGCAAUAUGGAAAGUCCUGCGGUUUCACGCCUAAGCACUGGGAGAGCCUGUUGCGGAAAAUUCUCAGCAAGCAGGAGGCGCUGCCCAACUGGAAGGGUCACAUUUCGGAGAUACUCAACAAUUUGGUGGCUGAGCUGAGCUUCGAAGAACUUCUGCAGUGCUUUCCUAGCGAGGUUAUUCAAAAUCGGAACACGGCACAGUACUUUGCCAAGGAAUUUGCAGAGACAUGUGUCCUUUAUGAUCACGAGGAGCUCGUGUUCAAGACUCCUGAUCGGAAAGAGGGUGACCGGGAACACAUGCCGAUGGACAAUAUAGACGAGGACAAUGUGUUUGAGCUAACGCUGCGAAAGGCGGUGGCCAAGCAGCGGAGCAUUGCCCUGAGGUCCAUGAUCGAGUCUACAGGAACUCAGCUCUUUGACGCUACCAGUAAUCCCAUGUACAACCUGUAGUCGGCGUAAAAUAGUUUAAAACGAAAUUAUCAUAUUGAAAAUCGAUAAGAUUGAUUGAUAUUAAUGUAGCAAAGUAGAGAGCACGGAAGCUUUGCUUGUCUCCAUAAAUAGAUGGAUAUGUAAUUUGUAGUUUUAGGGCACACCCAUAACGAGGCAUAAUUUAUUGACAUUUAUAUUUGACACAAAACGCAACAUUCGGAUACGAAUGCUAAAGAUGAUUUAUGGAGCUGACGGGGAAGAACUCCUGGGCUGUUAGGUUGUAAUAAUAACUAGCUCGUCGCGAGUUUGUUCGGUAUUUGCCAUAUUAAACCAGAUGUGUGAUCGGGAGUAAUAAGGAAACCCUCUCUCUACCUGUAUUUGUAUUCGUACGCAAUGUUAAUCCAAGUUUCCUUUGAACUAAGCUUUAGAACCCUUAAAGUAUUCGUACUCUAUUUAUACAUUAGUUUCGUAGUCAUUUUAUUCACCCAUACACCAAAUCACACUCUCUUACAACAAAAACAACAAUCUCAAGUGAUAUUUUUAAUUCUUGCAUUGAAUCUGAACAAUAAAAGCAUAAUUACAUUACAAUGGC